AUGGCAGCUCGGUUGGCAGAGGCUCGCGAAUCGCCCCAUUCGCUGCGGGACGCAUUGCACGCCGCCAGCGGUGGCAAGACCAACUCUACGACGCCAUCAGAGACCACUAGCGAGGAGGACUACGACUUUCCAAAGCCCUCGGAAAGGCGUCUCCACGACAGGAAACUGUCCCUCGACGGUUCAACCUUAUCCGAAGCGUCGAGCAUCGACGAGUCCGUGAAUGGGGCGUCUGGUCAGAAGGAUCUCAAGACCUACGUGCUUUCCGCCGAUGACCGGGAACUUCGCGAUGUCAUCAGGCGGGGCCUCGAGAGGGAGAAGGACCCGAAGCGGCCACGGAGGCCAGGCAAGUUUAGUGAUUUGGUCUUCACUCGACAAUUCUCUACGUUUGACAGACAGAACCAAAAGGCGGCCAACAGCCCCUUUCAUGGCUUCUACACGCUGUUCUGGCUAGCCGUGGCUCUCUUCGUCGUCAAGAUCGGAGCAACCAACUGGAGAGCCACCGGCAGCCCCCUGGGCACGAACGAGAUCAUGAAAACCAUGUUCAGGCGCGACGUCAUUGUGCUCCUGGCAUCCGACGGCGUCAUGUGCGGCAUCACAGGCUUCGGUUGGGUUCUGCAGCGCCUCAUCUUCAGCGGCUACCUGGACUGGGACCGCUCCGGCUGGAUUAUCCAGAAUAUCUGGCAGUCGAUCUUCAUCGGCUGCGUCGUCGGCCUGACCCUCAUACGGGACUGGCCCUGGACACACACCGUCUUCUUCGUCCUCCACGGCAUCGUGAUGCUCAUGAAGCAGCACUCCUACGCCUUCUACAACGGCUACCUCUCCACAGCCUACAAGAAGCGAAACCACCUCCUCUCCAAACUGAAACAGCUCGAGCACGUCGCCCCCAUCAACUCCCCCUCCGCCACCAGCCCCUCGGCCUCCGCCGUCUCCGUCUCCCACCUCGCGCACCCCCCGUCCGCCGCCGAGAUGAAGGGCCGCCGGCAGUCCGUCACCGCCCACGCCCGCAGCGGCCCGGACACGACGGACCUCGACCGCAUCUCGCACGCCAUCGAGUCCGGCGAGCCCCUCGACGCCGAUCAGGUCCGCGUCUUCGAGCGCAUCAUCAGGUGGGAGAUCGACGGCCUCACCGACGAGCUGCGCGGCAAGGCCACCAGCGUCGUCCGCGCGUACCCCAACAACCUCACCCUGGCGAACCACUACGAGUACAUCGUGCUCCCGACCGUCGUGUACGAGCUCGAGUACCCCCGCUCCGACUCGAUCGACUGGUAUUACGUCGCCGAGAAGACGGCCGCGAUCUUCGGCAUCAUCUUCGUCAUGAUCAUGGUGUCUCAAGCCUUCAUCUAUCCCGUCGUAAUGCAGACCGUCGCUAUGAAGGAGGUCGGCAUGCCCCUGGCCGAACGCCUCCGCUACGUCCCCUGGAUGCUGAGCGAUCUCGUGUUCCCGUUCAUGAUGGAGUACAUGAUGGCAUGGUAUCUCAUUUGGGAAACCAUCCUCAACACCCUCGCGGAGCUCACCUACUUCGCCGACAGAAGCUUCUACGACGCGUGGUGGAACAGCGUCUCCUGGGACCAAUUCGCUCGCGAUUGGAACCGACCCGUUCACAACUUCCUCCUCCGCCACGUCUACCACAGCUCCAUCUCGUCGAUGAAAGUGAACCGCCACACGGCGACGCUCAUCACCUUCUUCCUCUCGGCCUGUGUCCACGAAUUGGUCAUGUGGUGCUUGUUCAAGAAACUCAGGGGCUACCUCCUGUUCUUGCAAAUGUGUCAGCUGCCGCUCGUGCAGUUGAGUAGAACAAGCUGGAUGAAGGGUCGCAAGACGUUGGGGAACAUCAUGUUUUGGUUCGGCAUCUUCACGGGACCGAGUCUGCUAUGCAGCCUGUAUCUUAUUUUGUAA